UGCUUUUGUCGAUUCAGAAGUCGAGCGCCCUCUAUUUUUGGAGUACCGGACAGCGAUCAGUAAUUUGUUUUUGUGCAUGCAUGCUGAGUUCCCGGGUGCUCGACAAGCCCAACGGUUAUAGCGGAUCUACAGUUGGCUAGACGCCGUGUUUGCCCCGCACCCGUUGUGCAGCAAGCCGCUCAUGAAAGUAGCCGAAUGAGAAAGCAACCUGGUUAUUUGUUGUUUGUACACAGCAUGAGAGGAACUCUUCCCUUUUGAUUUUCCUGUGACGUAUAGGAUAGUGGUUGAAGACAAGAUGCAGAGCCCAGAAGACAACACGAUGGUUGUGAGGAUGAUGGGGGACUUUGAUCGCUUUAUUGCGAAGGAUAUAGAAAAGCGAAAGAGAGAGCAGCACGUGAGAGAGCGUGAAGGUGAUUUGUUGACAGCUCACGGUCGUAUCGCCAAGCUAGAGACGGAGAUGGAGAUGAUGAAAGCCAGUACAAAAAAAGCAAGAUUGGAGGCGGAUGAAGAUGUCCAGAAACUCAAACAAAAAUUACAGAUGAAAACUGACACAGUUUCAGAGUUACAGUGUCAACUUGAAUUCAUCCUGAAGCACGAGAAUCAACUCAAGCGUGACUUGGAGGAAGAGAAGAGCAGCAAAGCUGUGAUGAGGACACAAUUCAACGAUCAGAUUCAAGAUUUGAGAGAGAAGAAACUCAAAGUGGAGACUGUGUUACAGGAACAACAGUUCAGUAGUCGUGAUACCAUCUCCAAACUUUCCAAUGAUCUUACAAAGAAAGAUGCAGAGAUGAAGCUCUUACAGACUGAUUUAGAAGAAGCUACAACACAAAUGAGAUACCAUAUGAAGAGAGGUCUUGGUGCAAGCAGUCAAAGGAGAGCUAUAGAGGAUUAUAAAGCACAGCUUGUUUCUGCCCAACACAAAAUACAGAUUCUUGAGCAGCAGGUUGAAGCCCAGAAAGACAGUGCUGUGGUGGCCAGAGCCGUUCAGAGUGAUGUUCAGAAAGUUGGUAAACUCGAACAAGAAAAUACAAAACUGAAACAGGAAAAUGCUUAUUACAGAGAAACUUGUGAGAAUAACAGUUUACUGAAGGAAAAGGUGAGUGGGCUAGAAGCUAAGUUGGUGAGAGCAGAAGAAAGAUCUACUCAAUUCGCUGAGCUUCAGGUUGAGAAUGAAGAUUUAAAAGCUAGACUUCAUCGCUGGGAAUCCAUCAGUGGUGACCAAUCUUCAAGGCCAAAAUCACCUUCGGAGAUGGUCCAGCAGAUAUCAGAAUUACAGAGGGGGCAGGUGAGCUUAUUGGAACAGCAAGGCCAGUACAUGGCAAGUUCUCAUUCUCAUGAAGAAGCAUACAAAGCAACGAAGGAAGAUCUCAAAUCAAUGCAGCAGCAACUUGUAAAACAACAGGUACAAAACAAACAACAAGAAGAUCUAGUCAAGAGACUUCAGAGGAGACUACUCAUGCUAACCAAGGAGCGUGAUGGUAUGAGGCAGAUCUUGAACUCUUACGACGCAGAAGUGACCCAUUCAGGUUUUGAAUUACAAGCUAAUACAAGAUUAAAGCAAGCUGAAGAGACUGUUCAGAUGUGUCAUCAUCAGAUUCAGCAACUAGAUACAGCUCUAACAAAAAGCAAAGAGGAGGGUGGGCAGUAUAGACUACAAGUCAAACAGCUGGAGCUUGAAUUGGCUCACUUGAAGGAUGAACUGACGAUGACCAAGGAAUCUCUUUCUAAGACUGGAUCUGGAGGAACAACAUCUGAUUCAGAGGAAGAACUGAAGAAGAGAGUGGAGGAGCUGGAAGAGGAGUGUAAGAAACUCGCUGAGAGGAACGAGAGCCUGGAACUUCAUUUAGAAAGGAGUGCACUGAAGGGAGACUAUGAUCCGACAAAGACCAAGAUAGUUACAUUCAGCAUGAAUCCUGCAGCCAUGGCAAAGAAAAAGAGAGGGGAAGAACUGGAGAGAUUAAGAGCAGAAUGUGAGACCUUGAGACAACGUGUGAGGGUUCUGGAGGAAUCGUCAGGAGAAGGCACUUCUACUGAGACCGUAGCUAAUCGCAUCAGGGAAGAACAGACUAGAGCAGUUCAAGAUGUGAAGAAGGAGCUUGAGUUGUCGGAGUUACGUAAUCAACGGCUGAAGGAGGUGUUUGCUCAGAAGAUACAGGAGUUUCGUCAAGCUUGCUAUCGGUUAACAGGGUACCAGAUUAACAAUCCUACCAGCAACCAAUACAAGCUGUUAUCUAUGUAUGCAGAGUCACCCAAUGAUAUAUUACAUUUUCAGAUGACACCAGCAGGUGAAAUGGCAUUACUAGCCAACGAAUUCUCUUCAUCGUUAAGUCAUAUGGUUGAUGAAUUCCUACUCCGUGGUCAUAGUAUUCCAGCAUUCCUCAGCACGGUGACCCUUGACCUCUUCAGCCGACAGACGGUCAUGACAUAAUCCUUCUUAAAAGCUGAGGCUAAUCUCUAUUUUUUAUAUCUUUCAUUUUUCUUUAUUGAUUGUUAUUGAUUGUAUAAUCAACUAGUCUACAAUGUAAGCUAUUGCUGUUUUUAUUUUUAUACCUCAUUUAAAUGGUGGCUCUGUGUUGGAAAUAAUAUGAUUUAAUAAAUGAAGUAGAAUCAGACAAUGUGAAAAUUUAAUCAAAAUCAGACAAGGAAUAAAAAAAAUAGGACAUUUUACAGUUCAGCUUCAUGUUUGGGUAACAAUUCUGUGAAGGUCUUUAUGAAUAUGCAAUGAAUGAGCUGAUGUCAUAUGAAAUAAUGAUUUAAUGUAGAACACAAGAUGACCUCAUCAGCCCAGCUAUUGAAUGAAUGUGACUUCAUGUGUAGAACUUUCACAAAAUCUUGCUGAACUUUAAUAUUCAAUUACUUUAUUUUUCAUCAGAUUUUUCAGCCUGAGUAUCCCUUUAAGUCAAGUUCUCCUGAAGUCCAAGCUAUGCAUCUACUGUCUCAAUUGUUUUUACUUAUUCAAAAUUUUUAGCAUUCUUGUCUGGCUUUGCACCAUGGUGGAAAAUACAUUGGUGCCAAACGUAUUUUACCCCCUCUUCAUAAACGAUCUGCUCGUAGAUUUGAAAGAAUGUUCAAAGAAAGAAUGGAAUGAACCCUCCAUGGACUAUUAUCUUAUAACUAGUUAUAACAGAUUUUUGUCCAUAUGGCUUUGUAAAGUCAAUAUGAAUACAAUGUGUCCUAGAAAAAGAAAAACAUUGUCCUUAUGGCUUUGUAAUGUUAAUAUGUAUAUAUUGUGUCCCAGAAAAAAAAGAAACCCAGGCAUUACCCCCCCCCCCAACCCAAGUCUUCCUGGGACAUCAAUAUAUCCCAGUCUUUUCAGGGUUAACAAAGAAUACCAAAGAAAUGCAAUCUUUGCCUUAACAAAUCUUGACCAAUUUUUCUGCUCAAUUUGGAUACGACAUUAAAACUCAGAGCUUUUUCAAACUCUUCUUGCUCAUCUACAUGUAUGCGCAAACCUUUUGUAUCGUCUUAGUUUAGAUAUCAAAGUGAAUAGGAAAAUGUGGAAUUAAUUAUGUAAAUAAAUUACAGAAAUCAUAUGCUAAUGUUGGAAAAGUCUAUCCGGAAAUCCUGAUUUCCUUUUUCCUAGGACACACUGGAUAUAGAGACGGCUCAUGUAAGUUGCAAAAGAGGCAUUAAAAAAUGCUUUUAAGUUCAAUAUUGGAUGUAUUUUUAAAUAACAGGAGGAUAAUGUGAAUCCUUGCAUGAGCGUCUUUUUCAUGAUUGAUGGAAAGGGUUUGGUUUUAAAAACACUUAAAUUUUUAGGCAGAUAUUAAAAGAAAUAGAAAUACAGACAUAUGAUUUGGAAAAUUUGAUAUGAAAAGUAAAAUGUGAUUUGUUGAAUUAGAAAUGCCCUCCACUUAUUUUGACAUCUGUGCAUGUUGAUCGACCUUUCGCAGACUUGAAGGUGGGGGGGGGGGCCUUAUUCGUACCCCCUGUAAAGAGCGGUUUUAACAGUCAAAAAGUAUUCAUUUAAGCUUAGAGACACCUCAUAUGGGAUUUCAAUGUAUCAAUUUGCACUCUCAAAUUUGGGUGUGUUAACACAAUGAUAGUUUUCAGCUCCUAAGAGAUAAUCCAUUUUACAGGGUUUCCAGCUCAUUAGGGAAGAUUAUUUUACUUUCUCCAGUCAGGGAAUUUAAUUAAAACCUUCAAGUCGGGGAAUUUUUAUUGGCCCAAAAGUUGAAAGUAGUCAGAAAGACUCUACUUUUGUUGCCUAUCAAAACUAUCUGAUGGCAGGCUAUGCAGGUUGUUGUGGAGCAUCUGCAGUACAGGUUUUAUUUAGCAUCUCAGCAUUCCUUAUUAUUUAUAUAGUAGUUUAUCGUUAAAUCAUAAAUUUCAAUUACUUGUGAUUGCUACUUUUUAAACGAUUCUACUUAUCAACACUAGAGUGUUAAUUUAUGAUAGUGAAUUUCAGUUCGUUUUCUCAUGCUAUGUAUCGACAUUUAUUUUCAUUUUGCUUUGUAUAAAUUAUUUUCCUUCUGCUUGAGAAACAAGUACAGAUAAACAUCUUCCUUUUUGUAAGUGACCAUUGUAAGAUAAAAUACAUGUAAUAUGCUCUUUUAUUUA